AGGAAAUAUUGUUUCAUUUUUUACCGAUUAUUGUUUGGUAGUCAUCGUUGGUGGUUCCUUGUUCUUGUUGAUUUAGCCAUCUAUGAGUGAAGAUAAUCAUUUAAGAUCAUCAUGAGUUACCAGAAGGUUUACAUGAACCAGAUCUACUCCAGCUCUAUCAUGAGACAGGUGGCUCAGAUGUGGAAGAACCAGCUACUGUGUGAUGCUGUCAUUAAAACUGGGAAUGUUCACACCAAGGCUCAUAGGUUAGUGCUAAUUGCUGCGUGUCCUAUGCUUCAAGACACAGAAAAUGCCUCAGUGGGAUCACAUUUAGAAGUUCGUCUGAAUUCAGACAUCAGUGAAUCAUCCGUGAAAAUAUUUCUGCAGUACUUGUAUGAAGGCUACAUGAUGUUAACAGAGGAAAACUGUAGAGAUGUGGAGAAAAUUGCCAAAAUGCUUCAUGUAGACAGUAUUACAAAAUGUUGCACUGACUUUCAGAAAUGCCUGAAUGCUAAGAUGGGAUACAGUUCAUCCCAAAGACUGAAUUUUGAUUUACAGGACAGUGCAGAUUUUCGUUUUGUCAACACAACAGAUUUGCAAAAAAUGGUUCCAGAGGGUCAGCAAAAAAGACAAAAUGAAAUGAUUUCAGGCAAUCCGGCAUCCAAGAGACCCAGAUUCCAGUCAUCUAGCUAUGUCUCACAUAGGCCAGAUGAUCACUUAUCUAUGAAUGACAGCUAUAACUCAGUUAGGAAUUCAAAAGAAAAGGAGGGAAUCAUUGACAUCAGUGAACAAAGUGUAGAACUAAUAAACAUUGGGCCAGGUGCAAGAGAUUCAGAUGGAUGGCCUAUUAACACUGAUCUACCACCUAUCAGAACCAGUUCCUCAGUCUCAGUGGCUAAUCAACAGGAAAGAGAAACAGAUGUGCAAAUUGUUAAUGUUCAACCAGCCAGAGUUGACAGGGCAUCACAUCAACCAUCUCAACAAGGCAGCACUUCCACAUUUGGGAGACACCAGGACCCAAGAAGCAGCACCAUUGUGGCUGGUCAAUCUCAAGUCAUACCUGAAAGACCGUCAAUUGUUCCAAGUCAUUCACCAAAAUCUACAAGGCGUCCUGAUGAAUCUCCACAGUAUAUGUCUUCAAACAUUCCUCAGUUGUCACCCUUAAGCUCAACUUCACCAAAAAGUGUUCAGAAGCACAGAGAAAAUGCAGAUGAUCAUGACAGGCCCUUUGCUCUAGGCUCAGCCCCAACUGGAUCAAGGUCUUUUUCUCUGCCCUCUUCCUCCACCAUUCAUCCUGUAGAUGUUGUGAAAAACACUAGUCUGUACGAGUCACAGAAAUUCACUUCAGACAACACAAAGCAAAAUAGCACGACAAUGGAGACAGGAAAUAAAAGAACUUCAGCUUCCCCAGAGCCAAUCAUUGUGAAGUUAGAGGAUGAUACCACUGAGUCUGGAGAUAUAGAACUGUACAUCCAGAAUCCUCAGAAUGACUCCUUCAGCACUGAUCCAGGAGAUCCAGGUGGAGAAAGCCAGAGUGAACUGGAUCCAGAUAUGUCUAAUGAUGGCAGCAUGAGUAUGGAGCCAGGGCCAUGGCAGCAACAGGAAGGUCAAACACAAGACCCAGCAAAUAGCUUUAUGAAGAAGACAGCUGUUGGAAAUAAUAAUAACUGCUCAAAGGAAUCAUCAAGAAGGAAAGCCAAUAUCAGUGGAGUGGAGAAGCUUACAACACAAGUGAAUAUCCUAACGAAAGACAUGUCCAAACUUUGCGAGAGUAGUUUCUCAAUUCAAUAUAUGGUGGAAGAGCUGGUAGAAAGUUCCAACACUAUUGAAAAACUGUUGAUAAACAUGACACCAGGAAUGGAUAUUGAUGAGGAAAUAGAGGAAACGGGGACAAAUGGAACUUUAGGUGAAGGUGGAACUUCAAGAAUCCCUGAGUCCUCUGAGAGUGACCCGGUAAUUGCUCAGAAGAAAUCAAUGUCCAACACUGAUAAAUUCUUUGCAAUGGCAGCUGAUUCUGCUAAGACUCAGGCCAAAAGUAGGCGUAGAGAUGAUUUUUCUGACAUUCCAAAGUCUUACCGAAUAUCUAAAGUGGCACUGGAGGAAAUGAAAGCAAACUCAAAGAAUGCUGGGGUUUUUGCUGGAAAUGUCAUCAAAAUGUUGUUUCCAGAACUGUUUGGUCCAAGCAAUCUGAGAUUUAAGUAUUCCUUCUUUGGUGGUGGUAUUUUAAAGAAGAAUGAACUGGAUCGUCAAAGGAAGUCAUACAUGAGGCGUUAUGUGACAGCAAUGUAUCCAGGAAUCUUUUCUGAAGGGGACUGGAAAGACAUUGUCAACAAAGUGAAUGAAAUGUUACGACGUCCUGCACAUACAAGCAGAAAAAAUGUCAAAAGUGAAAUGGAAGAGAAUAACGACAAUUGACAGCCAUACUAUUUCAUUUACAGCAAAGAUCAGUAAUUCUGGCAAAGUUCUUACGGAAAUUCCCUCAAGUACUCUAAGUAAAAUACCCUAGUGUCUGUCAAUAAUCACUUUUGAACUUGAAAAUAACUUACAGAUUAGAGAAAAUGUUUAUCUUGUUGAUUUUAAUAUGUAAAAUUGCUUUUUUCAGCAUCAUCUUAAACAGGUGUUUCAUAAAUAUUUUUUGGGG